UGUAUUCUCUGGCAACAUUUUUUUGUUUAUGGUACAGAUUCGACUGACGUUUGAACGGUGCAUCCGGUCGAGGACGGGUCCUUUUUCAAAGCGUACGCCAUUGCUGGCGUAUCGUAGUUUAUUUUAUUGAGCGGAAAAUCAAAAACCAUCCAAUAUGGUGAAUUUCACCGUGGACGAGAUCCGUGGGAUGAUGGACAAGAAGAAGAACAUCAGGAACAUGUCCGUCAUCGCCCACGUCGACCACGGCAAGUCGACUCUGACGGACUCCCUGGUGUCCAAGGCCGGUAUCAUCGCCGGCGCCCGCGCGGGGGAGACUCGCUUCACCGACACGCGCAAGGACGAGCAGGACCGCUGCAUCACCAUCAAGUCCACUGCCAUCUCCAUGUACUUCGAGCUCGAAGAGAAGGAUUUGGUAUUCAUCACCAACGCUGACCAGCGUGAGAAGACCGAGAAGGGUUUCUUGAUUAACUUGAUUGACUCACCUGGGCACGUUGACUUCUCCUCUGAGGUGACCGCCGCUCUCCGUGUCACUGACGGAGCCCUGGUUGUGGUGGACUGUGUCUCUGGUGUGUGCGUGCAGACCGAGACUGUGCUGCGUCAGGCCAUCGCCGAGCGCAUCAAGCCCAUCCUGUUCAUGAACAAGAUGGACCGCGCUCUGCUGGAGCUGCAGCUGGAGUCUGAGGAGCUGUACCAGACCUUCCAGCGUAUUGUUGAGAACGUCAACGUCAUCAUCGCCACCUACUCCGAUGACUCUGGCCCCAUGGGUGAGGUCCGCGUGGACCCCAGCAAGGGUUCCGUCGGUUUCGGUUCCGGUCUGCACGGCUGGGCGUUCACCCUCAAGCAGUUCUCCGAGAUGUACGCCGACAAGUUCAAGAUUGACCUGGUCAAGCUCAUGAACAGGCUGUGGGGAGAGAACUUCUUCAACGCCAAGACCAAGAAGUGGUCCAAGCAGAAGGAGGACGACAACAAACGUUCCUUCUGCAUGUACGUGCUGGACCCCAUCUACAAGGUGUUCGACGCCAUCAUGAACUUCAAGAAGGAGGAGACCGAGUCUCUGCUGAAGAAGAUCGGAGUCACCAUCAAGCACGAGGACGCUGACAAGGACGGCAAGGCCCUGCUUAAGGUUGUCAUGCGUACCUGGCUGCCGGCCGGAGAGGCUCUCCUGCAGAUGAUUGCCAUCCACCUGCCGUCCCCCGUGGUCGCGCAGAAGUACCGUAUGGAGAUGCUGUACGAGGGACCCCACGACGACGAGGCCGCUCUCGGUAUCAAGACCUGUGACCCCGAGGCGCCCCUCAUGAUGUACGUGAGCAAGAUGGUGCCCACCACCGACAAGGGUCGUUUCUACGCGUUCGGACGAGUGUUCUCCGGCAAGGUCGCUACCGGACAGAAGGCCCGCAUCAUGGGACCCAACUUCACCCCCGGCAAGAAGGAGGAUCUGUACGAGAAGACCAUCCAGCGUACCAUCCUCAUGAUGGGACGUUACGUGGAGGCCAUCGAGGAUGUGCCCUGCGGUAACAUCUGUGGUCUGGUCGGAGUGGACCAGUUCCUGGUCAAGACCGGAACCAUCACCACCUUCAAGGAUGCCCACAACAUGAAGGUCAUGAAGUUCUCCGUGUCGCCCGUCGUGCGUGUGGCCGUGGAGCCCAAGAACCCCGCCGACCUGCCCAAGCUGGUGGAGGGUCUGAAGCGUCUGGCCAAGUCCGACCCCAUGGUGCAGUGCAUCAACGAGGAGUCUGGCGAGCACAUCAUCGCUGGUGCCGGAGAGCUGCAUCUUGAGAUCUGUCUGAAGGACUUGGAGGAGGACCACGCGUGCAUCCCCAUCAAGAAGUCCGAUCCCGUGGUGUCGUACCGCGAGACCGUGGCCGAGGAGUCGGACCAGAUGUGUCUGUCCAAGUCGCCCAACAAGCACAACCGUCUGUUCAUGAAGGCGCAGCCCAUGCCCGACGGUCUGGCUGAGGACAUCGAUGACGGCAAAGUGAACCCCCGUGACGACUUCAAGACCCGUGCGCGUUACCUGACUGAGAAGUACGAGUACGACGUGACCGAGGCGCGUAAGAUCUGGUGCUUCGGUCCCGACGGCACCGGACCCAACCUGAUGGUGGACUGCUCCAAGGGAGUGCAGUACCUCAACGAGAUCAAGGACUCCGUGGUCGCUGGGUUCCAGUGGGCCUCCAAGGAGGGAGUCAUGGCCGAGGAGAACUUGAGAUCCGUGCGCUUCAACAUCUACGAUGUGACCCUGCACACUGACGCCAUCCACAGAGGAGGCGGUCAAAUCAUUCCGACGACGAGGAGAUGUCUGUACGCGUGUCUGCUGACCGCGCAGCCGCGUCUCAUGGAGCCCGUGUACCUGUGCGAGAUUCAGUGCCCUGAGGUAGCCGUGGGUGGUAUCUACGGAGUGCUGAACAGGCGUCGUGGCCACGUGUUCGAGGAGUCCCAAGUCGCGGGAACCCCCAUGUUCGUCGUCAAGGCUUACCUGCCUGUGAACGAGUCGUUCGGCUUCACCGCUGACCUGCGCUCCAACACCGGAGGCCAGGCCUUCCCGCAGUGCGUGUUCGACCACUGGCAGGUGCUGCCCGGAGACCCGUGCGACCCCGACACCAAGCCCUACAAGAUUGUGCAGGAAACGAGGAAGAGGAAAGGACUCAAGGAGGGUCUGCCAGACCUACAACAAUACCUGGACAAGUUGUAAACAGCUAGCUAAUGCAAUCCAUGUGUAAUAUAAUGUAACAAUACAGGAACACGCGAGCCCGCCUCUCACAGAACACCUUGUUUUUUAUUGAUUUAAUGUUUAAUUAAAACGCAGAAUGUUUUAAUUUACGUUUAGGAGCCGCAAGUGCUAUAACUUCUAUAAUAAAAAUAUUGCUGGCCGA